CAUAUUGUUGCGCGUGAAUCGUAACGGGACAACAUGGCGACGCAGACGGCCCGCUACUACAGUGAAGGUGGCAGAGCAACUAAACGCCAAAAAACGGAAAGCGAGGGAGGAAUGGCGACCGAAGGAUAUGAUGACCCACAUAAGACCCUGCCGUCUCUUGUGGUGCAUGUUCGAGGUUUAGUGGACGGCGUUUUGGAGGCGGACAUUGUUGAAGCCCUGCAAGAGUUUGGGACCAUCAGUUAUGUAGUACUCAUGCCCAAGAAGCGUCAAGCCCUGGUUGAAUAUGAGGAUAUGAAUGGGUCUUGCAAUGCUGUUACUUACGCCAACGACAACCAGAUCUACAUCGCCGGACAUCCUGCGUUCGUGAACUACUCUACCAGUCAGAAGAUAUCCAGGCCGGGUGACCCUGAUGACUCCCGCAGUGUUAAUAAUGUUUUGCUUUUCACGAUCAUGAACCCCAUUUAUCCCAUUACCACGGAUGUUCUGUACACUAUUUGCAACAACUGUGGUCCUGUUCAAAGAAUCGUCAUCUUCAGGAAGAAUGGUGUCCAGGCUAUGGUGGAGUUUGAUUCCGUUCAGAGCGCCCAAAGGGCCAAGGCCUCGCUCAAUGGGGCUGAUAUAUACUCCGGCUGUUGCACACUAAAGAUCGAGUAUGCCAAGCCAACACGCCUUAAUGUGUUCAAGAACGACCAGGACACAUGGGACUACACCAAUCCGAACCUGAGCAGCCAAGGUGCAGAUGCUGAUGGCAAUGGGGGCAAUCAAGAUAUGAACGCCAAUCCCAACAAGCGCCAGAGGCAGCCGGCUCUGCUAGGAGACCACCCUCCAGAGUAUGGAGGUGGUUAUCACGGAUACCAAGAAGAGAGCUAUGGUGCGCCCUACGAAGGGCGACGGAUGGGGCCGCCCAUGGCUGGUGGGCCAAGGCGCGGUGGGACCAGUCAGCGUUACGGUGGACAGUACGGCCCCCCGCCUCCGCCUCCAGGAGAAUAUGGUGCACACGCAGACUCACCAGUGAUCAUGGUCUACGGCCUGGACCCCGUUAAAAUAAACGCGGACAGGGUCUUCAACAUCUUCUGCCUGUACGGCAAUGUGGAACGGGUGAAGUUCAUGAAGAGCAAGCCUGGAGCUGCCAUGGUGGAGAUGGGAGACUGCUAUGCGGUGGAUCGUGCCAUCUCGCAUCUCAACAACAACUUCCUGUUCAAUCAGAAGCUCAACGUAUGUGUGUCUAAGCAGCAGGCCAUCAUGCCCGGCCAGUCCUACGAGCUGGAGGACGGGACCAGCAGCUUCAAAGACUUCCACGGGAGCAGAAACAACCGCUUCACUUCUCCAGAGCAGGCGGCGAAGAACCGCAUUCAGCACCCCAGCAACGUCCUCCACUUUUUCAACGCAGCACCUGAGGCUUCACCAGAGUCCUUCACCAGGAUCUGUGAAGAACUGGGUGUAAAGAGUCCUGCCAAUGUCAAACUUUUUGCAGCCAAAGGUUCCACAUCAGAGAGGAGUUCAUCAGGGCUUCUGGAGUGGGAGUCUGUUAAUGAUGCCAUGGAAGCCCUUGCUAUGAUGAACCAUCACCAGAUGAAGAACCCCAGUGGGCCGUACCCAUACACACUUAAGCUGUGCUUCUCUACCGCACAGCACGCAAACUGAGUCCCAGGAUCAUCGCUCACCCAUCACUUCACUUCCCUGCUACUUUAUUGUCCUUUAUGGCUCAUUUGUGCGAUUGGGUGUGCAGAGAUGUUGAGUUAACCUUAUGUUGAUUGAGCCGCAGCACAAGCUGAGAGUGAAACUGACUGAACUCACUGUUUUUAAUGAAGAGGAGUUAAAACGCUUUUGUACCAGUAUUUUGGUUUUGUUACCUUUUUUUGUUCUUUUUUUAUUUCUUACCAUGAUCGACUGUUAGCUCUGUGCUCAGCAACUCACUUUUAGAAAUGUCACCCUGUAAAGAAGAUUGCAUUUUUUUUUUUCUGAUUGUAAAAUAAAAAGUGAUUAUGGGUCUUUGUGUUGAUUGCUUUUGCAAGGGAACAGUUGUGACUCGUGUUUUUAAAUGUUUUGCAGCAGUUCAACCUUUCUUUUUCUUUUUCUUUUUUCUUCAAAAAGCUGCCUGAAUGUUACUGCAUAGUGUAUAUUUGCGAUCUGGACAAUAAAAUGUAAUCAAUUUAAUAAAUUUAAUCUGCGUAUUCGAAA